UCACUCUUGGAUUUGAUGACAGAUCACAUUCCCAACAGUAUCAACUAUCAAUGUCGCUGAAAGCAUAGUAUACUCCGCUGGUUGGGGAAGAAGAACCUCAAAAUUGUCGAACAUUGACACUCACGUCCCCCCCCUUUUUCUUGCCUUGAGUUCGCCAUCUCAGCCCCGCAUUUUUCUCUGUCGUUUCAACUCCCAUCAUUGGCUCAAUUUCUGGGUUUCUCAGAUACUCCGCCGGAUAACCGGUAGUUGUUGAGGUUUCCGGGCAAAAUGUCGCGAGCUCUCAACUUCUUUGUCUCCUCCUCUUCUGCAUCGCUGCCGGGAUUUGCAGUUUCCAAGCCUUCUCUGUCGUUUGCUCCGGCCCGGGGGUUCCGGGUCCCGGCGAAGGCUCCGGCGCGGUCGUUCGUCGUCAGAGCUUCGAAUUCAGAUCUCGAUUUGCGGUCCUCCCGUGUGCUGGUCUCGGAUAAUGGCUCCGGCGGGGCGGGGGCGGUAUCCGCUGCGACGCAGGAGCUGGCGGCGAUUGACGUGGACGCGGUGACGGAGGCGGAGCUGAAAGAGAAUGGGUUCCGGAGCACGAGGCGGACUAAGCUGGUGUGCACCAUUGGGCCCGCCACCUGCGGGUUCGAGCAGCUCGAGGCGUUGGCCGUCGGCGGGAUGAACGUGGCUCGGAUCAACAUGUGCCACGGGACCCGGGAGUGGCACCGGAUGGUGAUCGAUCGGGUCCGGCGGUUGAACGACGAGAAGGGCUUCGCCGUCGCCAUUAUGAUGGACACUGAAGGCAGUGAGAUUCACAUGGGUGAUCUUGGCGGCGCUCCCUCUGCUAAAGCUGAGGAUGGUGAAGUUUGGACAUUCAGUGUUAGGACAUUCGAUUCAAAUCAGCCCGAGCGCACCAUUAAUGUGAACUAUGAUGGUUUUGCUGAAGAUGUGAAAGUGGGGGAUGAAUUGCUAGUAGAUGGCGGAAUGGUGAGAUUUGAGGUGAUUGAGAAAAUCGGUCCAGAUGUCAAGUGUAUUUGCACGGAUCCCGGACUUCUAUUACCUCGGGCUAAUUUAACGUUUUGGCGUGGCGGCAAACUAGUUAGGGAGCGUAAUGCCAUGCUUCCUACGAUUUCUGCAAAGGAUUGGCUAGACAUUGACUUUGGGGUUGCAGAGGGUGUUGAUUUUAUUGCGGUAUCAUUUGUCAAGUCUGCAGAAGUCAUUAAUCAUCUUAAAAGUUACAUCAAAGCACGAGCCCGAGAUAGUGAUAUUGCUGUUAUUGCGAAGAUAGAGAGCGUUGACUCGUUGAAAAACUUGGAGGAAAUAGUUCAGGCAUCAGAUGGAGCUAUGGUGGCGAGAGGAGAUCUCGGUGCUCAGAUCCCAUUGGAACAGGUUCCGUUGCAACAGCAAAGGAUUGUUCGGAUUUGCAGGCAGUUAAAUAAGCCCGUUAUCGUUGCUUCUCAGUUGCUCGAUUCUAUGAUAGAAUACCCUAUUCCUACGAGGGCCGAAGUGGCUGAUGUUUCGGAAGCGGUUAGGCAAAGGGCGGAUGCCUUGAUGCUCUCUGGCGAGUCGGCAAUGGGCCAGUAUCCCGACAAAGCAUUGGCUGUCGUAAGGACUGUUAGUUUGAGAAUCGAGAGGCAGUGGAGAGAAAAGAAACAACACGAGGCCAUAGAAUUCCCGUCUAUUGCAUCUUCAUUUGGAGAUAGAAUAUCAGAAGAGAUUUGCAAUUCUGCUGCCAAGAUGGCUAACCAUUUGGAGGUCGAUGCUAUUUUUGUGUACACCAAGGAUGGACACAUGGCUUCUCUCCUAUCACGCUGUCGUCCCGACUGCCCCAUAUUCGCGUUUACAGACACAACGUCCACGCGUAGGCGCCUGAACCUGCAAUGGGGUCUGAUUCCCUUUCGCGUGAAUUUCUCCGACGAUAUGGAAACCAACCUGAACAAAACCUUUUCCCUGCUAAAGGCCCGCGGCAUGAUAAAAUCAGGUGAUCUAGUUAUCGCUGUAUCUGACAUGCUGCAAUCUAUUCAAGUCAUGGAUGUUCCAUAAGAAUGCAUAUCUUUAGAGUACUUUAUGUUACCAGAAAUAAUAGUCACAACUUGAAGCUUAUUAGCACCAUUAUAUAUUAUGCUGUUUUUUCUUGUCCAUUUUUGUUGAUUCAUUAAUAUGGGCUAUGUGCUGGACCUGUCAUGUCAAUCCAAGAUUCAUACAAUUUUCUGAUUGAUUGGACCAUUGAUAUGAUAUUACCUUUACACAA